UGCACACAUACAUGCACCACUGUGAGGAAGAUGUUUGAAAAACUACACUCAACAUCUUACAAAAAAGAUAAGACAAGGAUAACAGAAAACAUUGCUUAUAAAUGCCACAUUUCAGGAAAACAGCUGGACAUACAGACACUGCUCCCAGAGUUUCCAGACGUCCAGUAUUCACUUACAAAAAGUGUCCCAAUAACAGAACUGCCAUGACCUCCAGCGUGCACGGUGGUGGUUCACUGCUGGUGAAGCAUUUAAUUCCUGUCAGCUGCAGCAGAUGUUUCGUUAUUCACAGGCUUACACUUGAAUAUUAUGCAAAUUAAAGCAACUACAUGGAAAGCAGAGGUGGAAGGGAAUACCUGUUAGACAGUCUCUUAUCAGCUGACCUGAGAGGACAGCCAUUCCAGCCGCUCUUCGACUCCUAGGAAGAUGGGAAUUGUUAGCGAAGUCAAGGAUACGCUGUCCAAGGCCGUAUUUAAUCCGUCCAGCUUGAUAUCCGGGCGAGGCGGGCUCCACAUGGCUCAGAUCGUUCUGUGUCUGGUCACUUUUGUCCUGGGAAUGUUCAGAGGAGGCAGCAGCCAUACCUACUGGAUCUACGCCAUGUUCACCUGGGCCUUCUGCCCCGCCAUGACUCUCUUCAUCACCAUUAUUGAGAUGUUUGGCCUGGAUAUAAUCCUCGAUAUGUUUUGCAUGGACUGGAGGGACUUCACCACGGGGAUGGCCAUGUCUUCCUCACUCAUGACCAUCUCUGUGGCCAUAACUUACGCCAACUUCUACGCCUGCCUGAAGUGCCUGUACGGCUGGAUAGUGAGCGUGUUUGCCUUCCUGUGCGGCCUCCUCUACCUCCUCGAAGUGGUGAAGGACAAGUUCCUGGACAAGAAAAAAGGGAGCUACCUGGCUGCUCUGCCCGGGUUCUUCAAAGUUCUGGAGGCCUUUGUGAGCUGCAUGAUUUUCAUAUCACUGACGGGUUACAGAGACAAACCGGCUCUGAUCCUGUGCGUCGUGGCGUAUAUCAUCCCUUUUCCCAUCCUCCCUGUCAUCAUAGCCACCAACAUCUUCAAAAAGCUGAAGAACUGUUUGCCCUUUAACCUGGACAGGUUUGUUUUUAUAUUCCUUGUCAUCUCCGUUGUGCUGUACAUAUUCACAGCAAUCAUGUGGCCCAUUUUUACAUUCAGAAACAACCCGCGCCCCAGUGACUGUCCCCCUAGCUUUUGUAUUUGGGCCAUCCAGUUCAUGGUUGCAUUUUUUACCUAUGUGAAUCUCAUCCUUUUUACAGUGGACCUCAUUUUUACGCUACUCGGCAUCUGUGGCUUUAAGCGCACUUAACUCAACAAUUUCCCUCUGGGAUUAGUCUGAUUCUGAUUCUGAAGUUCUGGUUUGUCUGAGCAGGAAAGCUUCUCAGUGCUUCACUUGAAACAUUGUCUAAAACCAAGAACAUGGAGGGGAAAUGUUCCAUGUUUCUAAGAAUUUAAACUGUACAUUUAUGUUUUUUUUACUGUUUGUCUGUUUACUCUGCAAGAUGAAAGUUGACCUGAAUAUAGAGAUAAGUUCCACGGUUCUUUUUCAUGAAUUAAAAAAAUUUCCACAGAUGUAACUUCAGCCUAAAGUGAAUCAAGGAGAAUUUUGCAUGGCUUUGUUAUUUCACAUCCACAUGACACUUAUCAGGUCUAGCUGAAAACUGAAGAUUACAUGUAAAUAGGGCCACCAGGGCGUUCCCACGGCAACACAUGUAACAUGUACUUUUGUCUUUCUUUUUCUAACAAUGAUGAUUUAAAUAUGGGAUAUAAAUGUACCCUUUUUUACAUUUACAUAAACAUUGUGCAAGUACAAAUAAAUAAACAGACUGUCGUACACUGAUUCCCGGAAAAUGGUUGUAAAUAAAUUGCAGAUUUGAUUUGUCAUGACUACCAGAAUGUUCUGCCUUUAUGUGAGUACUGUGAGGGAAAUAUUUUUAUGGUAAAGAAAAACAAAUAAAUCAUAAUAAUGGCUUCUUCUAGGAAUACAAUGCUAAACGAAGAAGUACUGAGCCAGCGGUACUUUCUGUGAUAAAAAAGAAAAACCAGAGUCUCAUGAGUUAACAGCAACAAAAGUGUUGCCAUUAAUUUAAUGCUAUAAGUAACCGGCUAGAUACAGAGUGACUGAGCUAGGGGCACUUUCUAUGGGAAACAAACUCAAAGAAAGUUCCC